CAUUGCUUUGUGGUUUAAAGAAAGGUGAAACAGUGAGCAGGCUUAACAUAAAGAGCGUCACUGAAAAAUAAGUAAGCCACUUUUUAUUAUCUUUUCUUUUCCUCAUUCUCUGAUUAAAUCUUAUUAUCAACACAAGUUUUUUUGUUCAAUUUCAGGUGAAUUGUCAACAUUUUUCAACUAAAUGAGCAACAUGCAGAGCAUCAGCAUGGAGCAACCUCAACACAUUAAUAUGAUACUGCUGGGCAGUACUGGAGCAGGAAAGAGUGCAUCAGGAAACACCAUCAUAGGAAACGAUAAAACACCAUUUGAAGAAGAUUUUUCUUCUGCAUCUGUGACUAAAACCUUUGAUUUAGCACAAACAGUGGUCCAUGGACAAACAAUCACUGUGUUCGACACUGUAGGAAUCUCCGAUACAUCAAAGAAGAUUACAGAUGUGCAAACUGACAUAGAGAAGAUAUUACAGAGUACACAGCAUGGUUUUGAUGUGUUUCUGCUGGUGAUCAAACUAGGUCAGACAUUCACAGAGGACUGGAAAGGAUCUUGA